AUGGUCCAGCAAUGCGCGCAGCAGCGGCCGGUGCAGAACAGCGAGGUGUAUGUGCUGCGCCAAGUGCCGCCGUUCCCGCCCCUGUCUCCCCCCUCUCCCGUCACGCCGGCCGAGGACUUUGACGAUGGGCCGGUCGACGCUCCCAGUCUCGCCCUCUGUGGCAGACGUCUCGCCGUAGAAGAGCGCCUCUCGCGCGCCGUCCACGUCCUCGCCACCGAGACCGCCGCCCUCCAGAACCUCACCCAUCUCUACUCCACAGACCGCCUUGCGCGCGACGGUUUCAGCCGCGCCGUCGACGCCAUAACCAGCCGCCACGGCACCAACGGCGGCAAGCUGGUGGUCAUUGGCGUCGGCAAGUCCGGGCAUAUCGCCAAGAAGCUCGUCGCAACCUUCAACAGCCUCGCCAUCACUGCCGUAUUCCUGCAUCCCACCGAGGCCUUGCACGGCGACCUCGGCCAGAUCUCCCGGAACGAUACUCUCCUCCUCAUCACCUUCUCGGGCAAGACCCCGGAGCUCAUCACCCUCCUCCCCCACCUCGACAAGUCCCUCCCGCUCAUCCUUCUCACGUCCCACACACGCCCGGAGACCUGCGACAUCAUCCGCCACCACCGGCCCGACACUAUCCUCCUGCCGGCGCCCGUCCACGAGACCGAGACCGUCUCCUUCGGCGUGCCCGCUCCCACCACCUCCACGACCGUCGCCCUGACCGUCGGCGACGCCCUCGCCAUCGUCGCGUCGAGAGAGCUCCAUCCGCGCGUCGCCUCCGUGUUUGCGCAGAACCAUCCGGGCGGCGCGAUCGGUGCCGCGCUAUGGCCUCACCAGCAGCAGCAGCAGCAACAGCAACCGCCGCGAAGCAAGGACGUGCGAGAUGUGAUGGUCCUGCUGGACGACAUCCCUCCCCUUCUUCCAUCCGACCUCGCGAGCUCCCCCGGUCCCACGGGCCUGGACGUCCUCCGCGCCGGGUACGCGAGCCCAUCCGGGUGGGUCCGACUCCCCGACCGAGACGGCGCCGGCCGCGGCGGCCCCGCCGGGGUCGUCUCGCCGCGCAGGAUCAAGCGGCUGAGCGCCGAGGACAUGGCCCGGCCGGUGGACGAGAUCGAGCGCUGGCUGGUGACGCCCCGGAGCGCCUUCAUCCCCGUGGCGGCGGGCACGAGCGUGCAGAGGGCGGCGGAGUGGGUCAGGGAGUUGCGGGCUGCCACCACCGGCGCCUCCCCCGGUCCUGGUCCUGGCGGGACCGCGGACGGGGAGAAGAAGGACUAUGGCGGGUACGGGGACGAGGCGGUCGUGGCGGUCAUGGAAAACGGGGAGUGUGUCGGGCUGCUCGAGGUGGGCAGGUUGCUUGAG